AUGCCUCCAACGAGCACGACAUACCUCCGAGGCCAUACUCUUAUCAUUGCAAUCCUAACCCUCACACGACUCGCCACCGCCGUCCAACUCACCUUCCCCAACUACCCCCCAGACGCCUUACCAUGCCUCUACGGCUACGCCGGCUUCAGUGGCUGCGUCACCGAAUCCCCAACCACAGACGAAAUCUGGUCCUGCCUCUGCUGGAACAUCGACGACUUCAUCGGCAAAGUCGGCUGGUGCCUUCGCCAACACGACUCCGCCGACGUUCAGACCGUAUGGGAGCACUUCAACGUCUCAUGUACGCAGGCCGGCGCACAUCUGCAUUACACCGCACCCAUGUUCAUCAACGGGCCGCGGAGGCGAUUCUACCCUGGCGACUGGAUCCCGUUGGCACUACUAGUGGUGGUGGUUGGGAUAGCUGGGUUUCUGGCAAUCCUUUACGGGUGGAAGAGGCCGCGGAAUGAGCAUGGGACGGGGAGUGCUUCUGAGCUUGCUCGUGGGGAUGAUGGGCGUCGCUUGAGUGUGGUGCAGAGGGUUUCGCAUGCGCCGCCGUGA